CGAUCAUGAACCUUCGCAUUUUGGCAGCACUGCUUGUGUUGGGCUGUGUGAACCUUGUGACGGUGCGGGCGGAGAAUGAUGCUUCUGACGCCACCAUCGUUGAGGAUGUCGAUGGGGUCGAUGGAGCAUCCGACGAAGUCUUUGAUCAAGGCGACGAUGCGACGGGAACUCAACAACAACCCCAGAUCUCGGAAGCAGUGUUUGCCCAGAUGUUGGACCUCAUUUCGCCCGACUGUCGGGCUGCGAUCCAAGCAUCUCCAGAAGACGCGAGUGGUCUGUCCGAUGAAUGCAAGGUGGAAGUGCAAACGACGUUGCACAAGCUCAUGGGCGGCAAGGUUCGCGACCCGAACGACCCUGUGACCCCCGAGAUCUUCCAAAAGAUGUUGGAGACCAUUCCUGCUGAGUGCCGCGCCGAAAUCGAAGCCAACCCCAAGGACGUCUCCAAGAUUUCGGACACAUGCAAGCACAGCAUUCAAUCCACGAUGACCAAGCUCAUUGCCAAGGCUAAGCGUGCUGAGGAGUUCAAGAAGUCCAGGGCGUCUGCCAAGGCAUACGAUGCAUCGACGGACGAACCGAAGAAACAUCCGCGCCGACGCGGCAAGAAGGAACCCAAAGGCAGCAACACCACGACGUUGCUCAUCGUGAUCGGCUUUGUCGUCACGGCCAUUGCUGGAGUGGCCGGGGUCGCGUACACGUUGAGCCAGAAACAACGACUCGAAGCAGGCAAAGCCAAACCCACCAAGAAACUCAGCAAGCACAAAAAGGAAAAGGACGGACGGCGCCAACAAGCCGCCGCCGCGGCGUCGAUCAAUUAACGAGGCCAAGAAGUUUCUAUUGAUAACACGUCAAGCCACCAACAAUCAUGACCACCAAUUUAUAUUUCACAGACCUUGCUA